AAAGAUGGACGAAUUUUUGGAAAGAAUUGAAAGACGAAGAGAAAGAAAUCGGGAUAGAGAAAGACAAAGAAGAAAUAACGAAACACCGAAUCAGCGAGCGGAAAGGUUGAGAAAAAAUAGGGAACGCACUCGAUUAUAUCGUCAAAGAGAAAGAAGAUUGGAAGAAAGAGCAAGGAGGUUACAAAGAAAUGAAGUAAGUGCCAACGAAAGAGAAAGUUUAGAACACGAAAUAGGAAUUUUAAGAAGAAAUGAACGAAGAGUCACUGAACGAGGAAGAUUAGAACAAGAAGUAAGAAUGCUAGGAAGGAAUGAACGAAGAAGAGAAGAAGGAAGAGAGGGUGAACACAGUAUGAAUGUCGAAACAGAUAGAGAACAUGCAGAAACACAGCGUGAAGAAACACAAAAUGAAGAAGGAAGAAGGAGAAAUGAAGAAGGAAGAAGGAGAAAUGAAGAAGGAAGAAGGAGAAAUGAAGAAGGAAGAAGGAGAAAUGAAGAAGGAAGGAGAAAUGAAGAAGGAAGAAGGAGAAAUGAAGAAGGAAGGAGAAAUUUUCCAUCUUACAUAUCUGUCAAGAACAUAAACACUUAUAAUGUAUAUUUUUAA